AUGUCUAUAGGCUCAAUAUAUGAAGCAGCUUAUAAGGGGGAUUACAAUCAAGUUAAAUUAAAACUUGAUGAUGUACUAAUAUCUCCGGAUGAAAAUCAACGACUCCUUAUACAUUGGGCUGCAUUAGGGGGCCACGAAAAUUUAGUGGAUUUAUUGAUUGAUCGAGGCAGUCCUGUAGACCCAACUGAUGACACAAAUUCAAGUCCUUUAAUGCUAGCUUCUUCUGCUGGACGAGUAGAAGUGGUUAAAUUGCUUCUCGACAAGGGAGCAGAUGUCAAUAAAAAAACCAAACGAGGACAAUCAUCUCUACAUUAUGCUUGUUCUAAGGGCCAUAUUCAGGUAGCAAAACUGUUAAUAAGCUAUGAAGCUAACAUAAAUGAUACAGAUAUUUUGGGGGCUACUCCUUUGCACCGUGCAGCUGCUCAAGGAAGAAAUAAUAUAGUUGAACUUCUAUUAUCUUCUCCUGGAAUACAAGUUAAUACACCUGAUUCUACAGGCUCAACGCCCCUUCAUGCUGCAUGUGAAGAAGACAGGGAAUCAGUUGCAUGUAUGUUAGUGAAAGCCGGUGCCAUGAUGGAUUUAUUGAACAGAGAGAAAAAACUGCCAAUUGAUUUGUGCUCUGUUAAACUUAAAAAGAUGUUGACUACUUUAUUAGAAUAA